CAGGAAUGAGCUCACCAUUUGCGCCGUAUCUGCCCUCCUCCAGCUCCCUCUCGAUCUGCCAGCCGUGCUUGUAGUCGGACCUGUCGUGAAGGAACUUGCAGCUGUCUGAGACAACAACGGCAAAGGUGAAAGGUCUCUCACGCCAGCUAAUUUCAUGGUCUCCUUUACCUCCGAAACCGCAGAAGCCGGUCUCCUUGUAGUCUUUGCAGAUGUCUGGCUGAUAGUCCCACCUGACUGUGGCUCGCAGGUGUUCCGGAGCUCGAAUCGGGCCUUUCCUGUUUAUAGGAGAAAAGGGGGAGGCGCUUCAGCAGCAGCGGCAUCUCCAGCUCUGCCGCCGAGGACCGCGCCUGCUCUUCGGACUCAGAACCCCGGCGGAGGGAGGGGUCGUGGCCUGGGCGCGGACAGCCGGAGAGGCCCCGCUUGCGCCGCCGCUGGGUGGAUGGAGCCCGGCUGCGUGCACACAGCAAUGGCUAUGGGUCUGACAUCGAAAAAGGCGUCUGUCCGGAGCGUCGGCGUGGAGAGAAAAAACCUCAUCACGGUGUGCAGAUUCUCAGUCAAGACUCUUCUGGAGAAAUACACCGCCGAGCCCAUCGACGACUCGGCAGAGGAGUUCAUCAACUUUGCCGCCAUCUUGGAGCACAUCCUCAGCCACCGUUUUAAAGGCUCGGGCAGCUGGUUCACCUCGGAAGGACAGCGCAGCUUCUGGGAGUACGUGCGACUGGCGUGCAGCAAGGUGCAGAACAACUGCAUCGCCAGCAUCGAGAACAUCGAGAACAUCAGCACGUCCCGAGCCAAGGGUCGAGCAUGGAUUCGAGUGGCGCUGAUGGAGAAACGUCUGUCGGAGUAUGUGUCCACCGCCCUGAGGGACACCAGAACAACCAGGAGGUUUUAUGACGACGGCGCCAUCAUGCUGAGAGAGGAGGCCACCGUCCUGACCGGCAUGCUGAUAGGCCUGAGCGCCAUCGACUUCAGUUUCUGCUUGAAGGGGGAAACGUUGGAUGGAAAAUCCCCGGCUGUGAUCGACUACACUCCUUACCUGAAGUUCACCCAAAGCUACGACUGUCUAAGCGACGACGAGGACCGGCGAAGCGUGGACAGCAGCAACAGCGAGGAGAGCGUCCCCGAGCACCCUUACGUCCCGCUGGUGACCGACGAGGAGAGCUGGAGCAACAAGUGUCGCAAGAUGGAGCAACGGUUCAAGAUCGUCUACGCCCAGAAGGGCUACCUGGAGGAGCUGGUGCGGCUGCGCGAGUCGCAGCUGAAGAACGUGGAGACGGAGAACAAGCGUCUGCGGGCCAAAAUGGACGAGCUGGCGGUGCAGGGUCAGCGCGAGAAGAAGGAGCUGGAGGCCGUCGUGCUGGAGCUGCAGGCUCAGCUCUCCUCCCUCAUGCCCCGUGACUCCUCCCACUUGGGGAAAAACCUCUCCAUCCCGCUCAUCAGCCAGUGGUCCACCGUUACUAACAACCAGAGCAACAUCAAGCUCUUCCGCAGGAGGAGUUUCCACAGUUUGGAGCAACUUUACGCCGACGUCAGCCUGAACUCGGACUCGCAAAGGACCGACGAGAGGCACAAUGGUGACGCCACCUGGACCUCAGCAGGGAAGGACACUACCCCCUCCAUGUUGGGUUUGUGCGGCUCGUUGGCGUCCUUGCCCAGCUCCAAGUCCCUGACCAGUCUCAAGUCCAGCGAGUGUUUGGUGAACAUCAGUGCAGAGCCCAGCCCCGCGCUGUCCCCGAGCUAAGAGCCGCCCUCCAACCCCCGCUACCUGGUGAUGCUGUCCCCCCCCCCACCUCUCUGUGAAUGUACAGCAGGAACUCCGAUCUUCACCCUCGCACACUCUCCCGCCUUCUUGCCACGCAACACAACCCAAACAUGGGGGCCCGUCCUCUUCUCACCCGUCGAUCGGAACCAGGACAACAGCUAUGGAUUCCUCGCCACAAACUGUUGCAGUACAACCCCUUGCUCAUCCUCUCCCUUUCUACGCUUCGACUUGGAAAUGAUCAUUCUUUGUUGUGUUGCAAUAAACUGCCUUUUUACAUGACGUGUGUUUCUGUG